UGGAAAAUCAUCUCUUCAGGUCUCAGUUAGCCUUUAGCAGUAGUACCAGCAGCCAGUAAGACAGGUAUCAGUUGAUGUGGUAAUACUAACCUGAAAACAUAAAAAUGAAUGACAAGUAUUCACUUGAUAAUAUCGACAGUCUCCUCUUUCAGCUCGCUCUUGAAACUCGGGAGCUUUCUCAAAAGAAGAAUGAAAUCAACCAACAGAUUAAAGUUUGCAGAGCUGACAUUGCUGAGAAGAAGUCUUACAUUGGAGAACUCCACAGAAGGAUUGAGAAACUUGAAGAGGAAAUUGGAGUGAAACAGAGCACUGUAACACGCAAUAAAGGAAAUGCAAAAAGAAUGAAGACAACUAAUGGCCUGCUUCUUCAGUAUGAGCAGACGUUGAAAGCAGAACUGGAAACAAGAAAAGCCAGCUACAACCAUGACGUACAGGUCUUUGAAGAAAGGAUUGCAAGCUACAGAAAGACUUUCCAGGAGCAUAAAGACUAUUAUUUACAAAGCCCUCUCGCUGAAAAGCUCCUCCUGCUGCAGGCUGAAAAAGAGGAAAUUGAAUGUAGGAUCAAGGCUUGGGAUGAACAAAUAACAAUGAAGCAGAAGGAGCUGGACCAUCUUUCUGGUCCAGUAGUCACUUCAUUUUCCACUGAGAAACUCCCAGAUAGUUUUGUAUCUAGUGCUUUUGGCCUGCAGCCUGUAACAGAACAAGAGAAACUAUUUGAUCAUCAGACAGCAGAGGACAGAGAUUCUUCCAUUGAUAUUUCCUCUCUGCAUCUCAACCAGACAAGGAAGGGUUAUAAAACAUCUGAUGAAGAGGCAAAUGCUGAAGUGAUUCAUGAGGGAAACAUCCAGGAUUCAUCCACCUGUUGUACUUCCCCAGAAAAACCAAGUCAGCAGUUAUGUGAGCAGAGUCAGCCAGAGGAAAUGCACACUGAGGAGCAGGAAGAGGAAACAUCACAAGAAGACCAGGAAAAGCUGCUGCUUGUAUCACACGUAGAGGAGGUUCUCAAGAGUGAGAUGGAGAAGGGAGUAGCUACACAUGAAGAACAGGCACUAAGUGACAAGGACAACGAGGAGCUCGCUGCUUCUGAUCCUGAGGCAUUCCCAGCAAAAAUGACAUCUGUGUCUUCAACCCCGACAUUCUCAUUUAACUUUAGCCCUGCCAGCUCCCAAGAUCAAAGGCCCUCUGAGACCAAAUCUCCAGCUUUCCUGUUCUCUCUGAACUCUGAUUCCAACACAGCAGGCUUUUCUGGAUUUGGAUUUGAUGUGGGUUCAUCACAGGAGGAGGACUCUUUUGGUUUCACUAGAUCUUUAUUCACUGAGAAGAAAACCUCUGAAUCAAAAUCUUCAAGCUGCCCUCAAUUCCUGUUUGACCAGCCAGAGCAGUGUGAGGACUUCCAGUUUGCCUUUGGCACCAAGAGCCCUCAGUCAACUAAAAAAGAAAGCACUGGAGAUGACUUUCCAUUUUCAUUCAACUUCUGAGAGCUCUAAAAAUGUUUUGAAGUCCUUAAUUGUUUUAUUUUAUAGAACACAUUAGCUGAAGCUGAAAUAACAAAACACUUUUUGUUCUGUUAAAUGGUUAUUAAUUUAAAGGUUUAACCUAAAGUUACGUGGGUAAAGAUUCAGACAAUUAACAGAGUUCAAU